GGCGAAUCAAGUUGUUUGAACGACGAGUAAGUGACGGUUGUGUGGCUCUUCUAAAGCUCCGCCGGCUCAUUUAACGUAAUCUUUUGUUCCGUUGAACUGACCAGAACAUUUUCUUCAUCUUCUUCUUCAUCAGCUUACGAACCAACAGUAGUGGUUUUCUUUUUCUUUUAUAAUACUGUGUUUAUAAGAGAAAUAUCAUUUUUCAAUUUGAAAUGGAGGUGCUACCGUGCCCGGUGAAUGUGAAUUUCAGCAACAACAGAGCUGGAUAUGCUACUGAAGAGUUGGACGGUGCUUGCCAGGCGUUGGCAAGGCGAUUGGAGGUUGAACUCAGGGCAGCUAAACAUGCCCAGCUCGCUUGCGGCGAAGUCUUACUGCCUGCUGAUCUUCUUCCCAGAAUUGCAGGAGAAGUGCUCGCCAUGGCUGAGAACGAGCCUUGUGGUCUUAGAGGCUGCACGUUGUUCAUAAGCUUCGAAAAUGACAGCUUGUGCCGAAAGCUUUCCAGAGUGCAGUGCGACCCCAGUGCAAUUUCCACGUUUGAGCUCUACCUAACUCUCAAGCAAGAUCAUACCUCAUGGCAUAUUCUGCUACCACAGUUUCUCAAAAAUCUUACUCGCGGUGGGACAAUAAUGAUCAGCAGAGAUUUCACUCUGGAAAAGAAGAAGCUGUACCGAUCUUACCAGCAAGAUCAUUGAACCCUUUGUUGAUUCCGAUGAGUGAAAUGAACAACUUCUCAAUGAGUGAGAAAAACAUUAACAACAACGGAUCACAAACUUAACACGUGCCAGUUGGUAUGGACACUCUUUGAUGCAGCCCGCACAUCUCCAACUCUUGGAAGAUCUUCUCAUCCUCACGGGCAGCGAGUAAUAAUCAUGCAGAGGUCCAUAAAUAGAAGAUACAAAAACUGAGAGAGGAGAGACUGCAGCUGGAAUAUUUAAUGGUAUAUAAAAAUUUUGCAAAUCGUCUUGUAAUAUUACUAUGGUUAGGAUUUUAAAACCAUUAUCGUGAAGUAACACAUUUUGAAUAUGUUUUGAUUAUUCGAUAUGAAAACUGGAGGGAUGAUCAGCUGCAAUGUAUCGGAAACAUAUUUAAUCUAACAGUAGGAGUAUAUUGUGAUAGAGAAAACAAAUUAUAGUACUAGCGUCAGCUCUUCUGAGAAGAGGUACAAUGUCUUCGUUAAGGAAGAUGCAUCAUUAAGACUUUUAACAAAUUUCACGUGAUAUGUAGUGUAAAAGUGAUGUUUUAUUAUAUAUAUAUAUGUGUGUGUGUAUAUAUAUAUAUAUAUAUAUACACACACACACACAUAUAUAUAUAUAUAUAUAUUAGUCGUCUAAGUAGGCUAGGUUUAGUUACUUCAAGUGCAGGUCGUGGACCAUCAUGUCUAUCGUUCAUCCUGAUAAAAGUUGUAUAAUCUUUUACCGGCUGCUACAAGUCAUCCCAUUCGCCAUUUCGCGUAAUUCACAUUUUUUUUUUUGCAAAUCACGGACUUGUCCAAUUUUCUCGUUUCGUUUCGUUUCUUGGUUUAGUUUUCUCAUUUUUUUUUUUUUUUCCGUGUAACAUGUUAGUAAUCGUAGAGUGUUUGAUAAUUUUUGUUUUCAUUAUUUUCUACUUUUCAAUUAUGCGUGCAAACGACUGUCCUUAGCGUAGUUUUUAAAACCGUACCUGUGGAUUCAAUUAAACGAACCAGUGUCAAAAAAUAAUUUUGAGGUGUUUCGAUCGAUCGAUCGAUCGAGCGAGCGGACGAACGAACGAACGAACGAACGAAUGCUUUGUUUAGAUGUUUUUCUUUCCUUUUUUUUUCAAAUAUUUUUUUUACACUUAUUACGAUAAUCUCGAAUUUUUUUUAUAUAUUAUCCGCCGCAGGGAAAGGUAAUACCGAUCCGCUGGUGGUAUUGUGAUAUUAAAAAAAGCAAGUGUGAUUAAUAUAAGUUUUAAGGUUUUUUUUCUCCUGUCUAUUUUCGGAGCUGUGCGAUGAAUAUGCGGCUAUCAGUAUGCCGUUUGAAGCAAUACAAAAAGUAAAUAAGAAGAAAAAAAAUUUAAAUCGUUACUUGCAUCUAUUCUACAUAGGACCGAAUGGAAAAUCAAUAGUAAAUUUGAAUUCAAAUGUUCGAACGACUCCGUGGUCGUUGAGGGCAUGCAAAAUAUACCGUACAUGAUUCUAACAACUGGCCAUUGUGGUGCCUCGUCUAUUUGAUUUGUUAAAAUUUAUCAAACCAGACGGAUGGCCUCCGAAUUUCAAUAUAUGUGAUCUUAUAUCAUUAUUAUGAUUAUCUAGAAACAGAUUAUAGAAUGCUAUUGUCUAUAUUUUAUACUGAGUUAAAAAGUCUAUAAUGAAGAUAAUAACAAAAAAUACAAAUAAAGAUGAAAAAAAUAAUACAACAAAUUAUAAAAUAUAUAUCUACAUAUAUACAUAUAUAUUUAAGAAUAUAUAUAUGUAUGUGAAAUAUUUAAUUUUUCACACAACGAUAUUACGAUAAAGUAUUUAUAUCUGCAUAGCACGCACAGAUGCGGAAUGAUGUUUGUAACGACAAUUUCUGGGCAGUGACUCCUGCGCGUUUCUGCGUUCGGUUUACCUAAAUGUGUACAGGUUUAAAUGCGAGGUUUAUAUAUACCCGUAAAACCUUCGGUAAGAUUUACGGGUAUUAAAACCGACAGAACCGAAUUUUCUCGCGCAGGGAGACCGAGAGAGAAAGAGAAAGUAAAAUCUUCCGAAUAUUAUAAUCGAACUUCUGUAUGCAUUGCAGGCUCUUUGAUAACUUUGUAUAAAGUCAUGAUUACAAGCUUCCGUGUUUGACGAACGUCGUUAUGACGAGCGAAAGACACUGAAGCCUAAUUUCGCGGUGCACUUCUAAUUAACUUAUGUAAAUACGUAUAUAAUUUUCGCAAUUUUUUUGUUUCCAUUUUUUCUCGUUUUUUUCUUGACGGAUAUCUUGAAGUAUUGGUACUAGAAUAAUAGAUAACACAGUUCAUGACAGUAUUGUAUCUUAACCAAAUUUCUGUUUCUCUUUGUCGAAAGAACUCAGUUGAAGCAGUCAUCAUAAGUUAAAGGGGUCUUAGAGAAAUAUUUUUAUUCGUCCAAAUGGUGAACGAGCUGAAAAAUAUUUCACUAAAACACCAAAGAGACAACAACACGAUCUCACGCGUAUCAAUAUGAAUAAAAGUUUAGAGAGAGAGAGCAAGAGGAAAAGAGAGAAAGAGAAAGAGAGAAAGAAAUAAAUAGAGGCAGAGCUAUAACGCGGGCCACAAUAGUAUGUAAUAUUUGAAUAAAUGUCAUCGGGUAAAACCGGUAGAAUUUUCCGA